GCCCUCGGAAUGGAGCGAACGGGUAAAAAGGCGCAAUAAUUCCUCCCACACGGUACUGGCUCGCGUGACACACUGUCUGCACCGCUUCGCGUAGGUCGUAGUGGCAAAGCGUAGUUUUUCCCCCUGGGCGGUUGUGAUGCGUGCACCACCGCACAGCCGCCGCCGCGGUUCCAUUCGGCUCGGCACGCCAGGCGCACGGAGGGCCGCAUUCAAACGUACGCACGUCGCGACCGGUUUCGGACGUCCCGUAGAGCGGCCGGCCGUAGUGUGCCGCCUGGCCGGAGUGGGCAAUAGUGACAGCGAACCCUAUCCCAUUCAUCCUGCGGGCUCGUGUGAAUAUUAGUGCGGUUCGAUUUCAUUCCGAUUUGUUAAUGAACUGUGAGCGUGUGGUUUGCGCCCGUGCCGUGAAGGAAGCGCUUUGGUAGCGUAGCGAAGCGUGCCAACAGCGGCCACUUAUAUAAGCCCGUCAACGAGUCAAUCUGUCAACCUGUCGGCACCCCGAGCAGAUGCAGCGCUGCUAGACGGCGCGAUCAACUACUGCCGCAAUCAACACAGGACGCUCGCGGGUGCCGUUUGUGUGCUCGGCAAUCGACACGCGAUGUCGACGAUCGGGCGGCGUCGGUGGAAAGUGCUGUUCGCACUAUUGUUGAUCACCCAGCUUGCCGCUGUCACCGGCUACCACCAUGGCGAUCUGGACGAGACGGUGGAGCACAUUAAAAUCGGUGGACUGUUCGAUGGUGCGACCGAGGAUGUGGAGCUCGCCUUCCAGUACGCGGUCGAGGCGGUCAACAACGAGAAGCUGUCGUACUCGAACUACCAGCUCGAGGCGCAGGCAGUGCAGGUGAAGUACGGCGAUCAGUUCGACGCGUCCAAGAAGCUCUGCCGCCUGCUGAAGACGGGAGUGGCCGGCAUCUUUGGUCCCUCGUCGCCCAAGUCGGCCCUGCACGUGCAGAGCGUCUGCGACGAGAAGGAGAUGCCGCACAUCGAGACGCGCUGGGACGCGUACACCAAGCUGCCCACGCUUAACCUGCACCCGCACCCGCACAUCAUGGGGCGCGUCUUUCUCGACCUGGUCGUGGCGUUCGAGUGGAAGUCGUUCACCGUGCUGUACGAGUCCGGGCCCUGGUUGCCGGGCAUUGCCGACCUGCUGAAGAUGUACGAUCCGAAGGGGUACACGGUGACGGUGCGGCAGCUAGAUCUCGGGCUGAACGGCAACUAUCGGGCGGUGCUGCGGCGCGUCAAGCUGUCGGAGGAUAAGCGCAUCAUACUGGCCUGCUCGAUCGACUCCAUGCCGGAGGUGCUGCGGCAGGCCCAGCAGGUCGGGCUGCUGACAGAUCACCACCAGAUCAUCGUGACCUCGCUCGAUCUGCACACGAUCGAUCUCGAGCCGUACCAGUACAGUGGCACCAACAUUACCGGCGUGCGGCUGAUCGACCCGGAGGAGGGCAAGAUCCGGCAGGUGGCCGACUUCCUGAACGCGUCCCAGAUAGCGAAGACGCUCGAGCUGCAGGACGGGCUGAACCCGGCGAAGAUGCGCGUGGAGACGGCCCUCAUGUACGAUGCGGUGCUGCUGUUUGCCGAGGCGCUGAAGCACCUGAUCGGCAGCGAGCCGGCCCACCUGCUCGAACCGAUCGCGCUCCGUUGCGAUGAUACGGCGACGUGGAAGAACGGGUACAGCGUGAUCAACUACAUGAAGAGCUCCACCAUACACGGGCUGACGCGCAGCAUCCGGUUCGACCAUCAGGGGCACCGGUCGGACUUUCUGCUGGACAUUAUCGAGCUCGGGCCGGCCGGCCUGGAGAAGGUGGGCGUCUGGAACUCGACCGAGGGACUUAACUUUACGCGCAAAAAAGAACAGACGCUGCUGGCAUUCGACGAUGGGACGCUGCAGAAUCGAACAUUUCUCGUGCUGACUGCUAUCUCGCCGCCGUACGGUAUGCUGAAGGACUCGCCCGUGAAGCUGACCGGCAACGAGCGGUUCGAAGGCUUCGGCAUCGAUCUCAUCCACGAGUUGUCGCUGAUGUUGGGCUUUAACUACACCUUCAUACUACAGGAGGACGGCGUGUACGGCUCGCUCAACCGGGACACCAAGAAGUGGAACGGCAUGGUGCUGGAACUACUGGAAUGGCGCGCUGACCUAGCUAUUACUGACCUCACCAUCACGUCCGACCGCGAAAGUGCCGUCGACUUUACGAUGCCCUUCAUGAACCUGGGCAUCUCGAUACUGUACCGCAAGCCCACGAAGGAACCACCGUCGCUGUUCUCGUUCAUGUCACCGUUCUCCAAGCAGGUGUGGCUGUACCUCGGCGGUGCUUACAUGAUGGUCUCGAUGUCACUGUUCAUCCUCGGCCGCAUCUCGCCGAAGGAGUGGGACAACCCGUACCCCUGCAUCGAGGAACCAGAAGAGCUGGAGAACCAGUUCAGCUUCAGCAACUCGAUGUGGUUCACGAUCGGUGCGCUACUACAGCAAGGUUCGGAAAUUGCGCCCAAAGCACCGGCAACGCGUGCCGUCGCUUCGAUAUGGUGGUUCUUCACGCUCAUCAUGGUAUCGUCCUAUACGGCAAAUCUGGCGGCCUUCCUCACGGUCGAGCAGGUCGUGUCGCCGAUCAGCAAUGCGGAGGAUUUGGCGGCGGCCGGCGGCACAAUCAAGUACGGUGCCAAGCGCGACGGCAGCACGAUCAGCUUCUUCAAGGACGCGGAGUACGGUACGUACGCGAAGAUGUACCAGUACAUGAUGGCGAACCAGGAACUGCUGACCUCCUCCAAUCCCGAGGGGCUGCAGCGCGUCAAGACGGAGAACUACGCCUUCCUGAUGGAGUCCACCUCGAUCGAGUACAUCGUGGAGCGGGAGUGUGACGUCACGCAGAUCGGGGGCCUGCUCGACGACAAGGGCUACGGGAUAGCGAUGCGCAAGAAUUCUCCGUACCGCAGUGCGCUGAGCGAAGCCGUACUGCGGCUCCAGGAACAGGGCGUCCUAACCUCGCUGAAGCGCAAAUGGUGGAAGGAGAAGCGUGGCGGUGGAGCAUGUUCAAACACGAUGGAGGAGGGUGGAGCACUUGCGCUCGAGCUAUCAAACGUUGGUGGCGUCUUUGUACUGCUCAUUGUUGGCUGCGUCGCCGCCCUGUUCGUCAGCUUCUGCGAGAUGCUAUGUGAAGUGCACAGCCGCACACGCGAACUGAAGCAAAGCACUAGCGACGAUGGUGCGGAGGAGCUCGACAUGGACAAUGUAGGCGGUGUGUUUUUUGUCCUCUUUGUCGGCUGCUCGUUUGCUAGCCUGUUUGGCUGCUGCGAGUUGUUCUUCGUCAUUGCGCACCGGGCCCGCCGGCACAAGGUACCGUUCCGUGAGGAGCUGAUGGCCGAACUGCGGUUCGUCGCCAAGUGCCAUGGCAACACCAAACCGGUCCGCCAUCGCAAAAGCUCGUCCGCCUCCGGGGAGAACUCGCUCGAGCUCGACGUGGAGGACUCGACCAGCUCCAGCAAGCAGGACAUUUCUGGCAACGGAAUGGGCGACCGUCUGCCGACUGGCAACCAGCGGAGGCAAAAUGGUGGCAAGUUGGCACUGAACGGAAACACUCGGAAGAUGCUGUCGGAGGACUGAAGCUUCAGGGCACGCAUAGUGAUUUGUUGUUUGAGCGGGAGGUUAAGGACAUUUAGGCGGAGGAUAUUUACGAAGCUCAGAGGAAGAAUUGUACAAGAAACGAGUGAACGUUAAAACAAACACAUAUCUACAGGACACACAACUUAGCCGAAAUGUUCUGAUAUGAAGUAUAGUGCGAAUCUAAAUUCACUUAAGUAAAUAUCCAUAAAUUACGUAACGUUUUGGGUGCAAGAUAUGAAUUACUAUACGAUUUGCUACAAAAAAAAAGAAAAGUAAUAGCAAUAUGUGUUACUAACAAUUUUUAGCAUUCAACAUAAUAUGUUAAAGACUUGAAAUGAGCAUCUGAGCUAGCAUACGCAUGCAUAGGAGAAACCAUUAAUAAAUUAGUUCAGUUGAAUGUUGAUACACAUUGCAAUACUCAA